UAAACUGAAAAUAACGUAACCUUUUCACAACAAGAUAUUGACAAGCCGUUAUUUUACUGCCAACUACUAACGUAAGGACCACAGUUCCAUAUUGUAUGUAAGUGGAAAAACAAUAAAUGUUUCCUAUACAUACAGCUCACAUACUUGUAUAUUGUAUUCCGGAACGGCACUUAUUACUGGAGUAUACAAAUGGAACUAAUUAGCGGUGACCAAACUAAUAUCUACUGUGUUUACGUGCCUGCUGUACCAAUGCCAUACCAACAGUACGUCUUCGUGGCUUUAGGUAUUUGACACAUCGGGAGACCAUACAGAACCAUUAUCAUACAAAUAGUCGCGAUGCCUUCCUCCUGAUGUUCUGACUUCUUUCUGCGUGGGAAUGUACAGCCACUUUAGUUUUUUUAUGAAUUAACUGGGGGUGUAUGGCGUAGUAAGCACGCGGCUGUGUACUACUACACACUAGGCUGUAUUAAGAUCGAUCCCAGUCUCCUGCUCAUUCAUGCGCGCUACACCCAAUAACUGACUGUGUGCCGUCUCGGUCGGAUGUUGGUGAGGAUAAAUUAUGAAAUAUUAUAAUUGACGCUAUUGUUUAAGUGGAACAGGGGAUUACCGGUUCUCACAGUGUCACCACAGAUAUCCAAUGGAAAUGGAGGCAUAAGUUAGUGAUUAUAAGUUCAAUAGUUGUUCGAGAAAUUGUCACUGUGUAAAAGAUACAGCAGUGUUUGAUGUGGUUUCCUGAGAUCACAAACAACAACAUAUACCAUGGCUGUGAAAUCAACAACACAAAUCAUUGGGAUUUUAUACAGUAUCCAAGUACUAGUUUUAGUCAGUGGAGCUGUUCAAUUAAACGUUUCCAUAUCGGAGAAAUAUCGUCUAUCAGAUUAUUCAGAUAACAAUGUUGGCGAUCUUCAGUACGAAAUUCGCGAUGAAAUAUCAUCGGACACUUUAUCCGUAUUUACGGGUAGAUUUUUGAAUUCUGCAACUUUGGAAUUGGAAUUCUCGUUCCCGUGUCCUAAAACUACGCCAACCAAGAAUACAGACACUCCGCCAUCGUCUACAGUGAUAGCUACUGGUGAAGUGAAUCUAUUAACUUCCGGUUCAUGUAUAAUUUUGCAAUUAUCAUCAAACAAUUUUUCUUUAUCUUACGAUCUCCAAAAAGAUAUUACAAAACCUUCUGAUAAAAUGGCAGCGACAUGCUCGGCCCAACAUACGUUCGGAAUGAUUGUGGACACUGACUUAUUUGAUAUAACAGACUGUAAGAGCAGCGAAGAAGGAAAGGAUUUUAUUGAAUUUCAACUUAUACUGAGUCAGAAAAAUGAAGCUAUGGAGGAAAAGACUUCCAACUCAGCAGGACUAGUAUCGGCUGCCGUGUCUCUUGAACCCGAAGAGUUCACCUGUAAUUUUGAAAGUGAAUGCCAGAUGGAAUUUGAUUCGAGCACCAUGUUGACUUGGACAGCUGGGCAGACGUUGUGCUCCAUACAAGGACUGGAUAAAUACCGUGUGUUCCGACGGGUCCAUUGCGAGGACUACGAUAGGUUUAUCCCUUUUGUUGAUACCACCUUCGGAGUAUCACAUGGCAAGUUUGGAUUUUUCCUUCCCAUGAAUGCUACUGAAAGUACUACCUUGUCGACCCCAAUAAUCUACGGCAGUUCCGCCGGAUGCACACUUCAGAUGUCGUCAUGGAUACAUCGUGGAGACAUCAUUAUUGUCAUUCGGACGGCAAACGUCACAAAGUCGGUCGCUCAUUUUGGAAAAAAUACUGUAUUUUCAGGGCAGAGAUAUUGGCAGAAUAUAUCAGUGCAUAUCGGCAGCGUACACACGCCGUUCUCCAUCGAUAUUGUUUUGCACAGCGCCAAGGGAAACGUGGCGGUGGACGAUAUCUCUCUGCUACAGUGUGGGGAAGCUGAAGAUAAGGAGAUACCCCCUAUGGCGUGUGGGACAGGCUACUUCCAGUGCAGCACCUGUCACUGGCUACCUCACUCUAAACUCUGCGACCUAAUUCCUGACUGUCUGUUCGGCGAGGACGAAUACCUCUCUAGAUGUUACGAUAAUCAAUGGAACGGUAGCUGUUCGUUUGAUAAUGGUUGGUGUGGCUGGGAAACGCGAUCGCCCUUCCGGACCCAGACACAGUGUGUGUUCGACAGAGCAAACUACACAGAUAUCGAAAAAGCCAAUGUCGACAAUACCCAUGGUGUUGUUUUACAAUUGAGAGGGAAACAAUGCUCACCAAGUGAAGAUGCUGUCAUCUAUCGGGAAGUGUCAGCGCUAUACUACACUAAUAAUACUUGUCAGCUUCGCUUUUCCAUGCACAACGUCCGACAAGAGAGGGUAGGAGUAAAGCUCUAUGAGAUGCUAGACACUGACAAGGUCACCUGGAUGCAUCUACCUAUAGAAUCUAUUCCUUCCAAGAGUCCUAAAUGGAACCACUAUAGCGCCACUCUUCCUGUAACCAAUGGCAGGUUUGCCCUGGAGAUUUGGGCGACAGUAUUUAUUUCGGAGGACAUUCUGAUGGAUUUCGUUUCUCUUUCCCCAGACUGCUUUAAACAAGAAUCCGAUGUGCACAACGACACCAUGAUGUUCUUAAGGGUAAUGGAAUCAGAGAGAGAGCGAUCCGGGGUAGUACUAAUCGUACUCGGGACCAUAACAGGGCUUGUAGCAGGCCUCACGGCACUUUCUGUGGCAUUGAUAGUAGUGAUAAGACGUCGCAGAAAGGCUGUAGAAGGUCCGUGUAGGAAAGCAUUCUCGCCUAGAAAGAACUCGUCUCACUCCUCAACCACAACUUCCACCACCAUGUCCUGCCUGGAAGACAAGCACACCCUCCAAGACGAGGCUCUACUAGCGGAGGACACUACUUCCGACCGCCAGGCAUCCCUAAACGGAAGUAUCUGCAACAUGACUAUUUCACCUUAUUACGAAUGGAUUCAAGAGAGUGAGGAAAUGAUCCGGAAUAUCCCCAGGUCCAAAAUCAGACUUGUGAGCAUGAUCGGUAAAGGUGCCUUCGGAGAGGUGUUUUAUGGACUCCUGGCGGACGUGGCUCAUUUACGGAAGGAAUUACCAGUAGCCAUAAAAACGUUGCCGUCUUUGUGUUCGGAGCAAACAAAAUCCGAAUUCUUCUUUGAAGCAAUUAUCUUAAGUAAGUUCAAGCAUCCAAAUAUCAUACGAUUUUUGGGGAUCUCCAUCGAUGAUCGAUCAAUGUUUUUGAUAUUAGAAUUGAUGGAAGGGGGAGACCUCCGUACGUUUGUCAGAGACGCCCGCCCAAGAGAAAAAGGUGAAUGUUCAUCACUCAGCACAUUGGAUUUAUUAAAGUUAUCUUUUGAUAUAGCGAAGGGCUGUCAGUACCUCGAGAGUAACAAGUUCAUUCACAGAGACAUAGCCGCCAGAAACUGCUUAUUGACAGAAAAGGGCCCAAAUCGUGUAGCCAAAAUUGGAGACUUUGGAAUGGCGAGAGACAUUUUACGAACAAACUACUAUCGGAAAAACGGAUCUGCUAUGAUACCUGUGAAAUGGAUGCCAUCCGAAGCAUUCAUGGACGGAGUGUUCACGUCCAAAACAGAUGUCUGGGCCUUUGGUGUAGUCUUAUGGGAGGUUUUUACCAUGGGGUUUGUGCCUUACCCAGGAAAGACCAACGCUGAGGUGAUGAAGUAUGUCCUUGGACAUGGUCGAUUGAACCAGCCACCGUUGUGUUCGGGAGAAUUAUAUGAACUGAUGAAAAAGUGUUGGAAAUCGAAACCCAAAGACAGACCUUCAUUUGUCUCUAUAGUGGAAACCAUGACCAGAAUCAAAUGCGAACAUAAUAAUGUUGAUUCAAUCAAGCUUGAAAAUCUAUCAAAGGACCCAGCCCCCUUCGUUAUAGACGUCGGAGGUGAACCGGAGGAACAAUGUCUAAUAGAAAAUCAUGGGAACGAACUAAACAAUAUGAUCAAUUCACGUACGUGUUCACCUGGUCACGUGUCUCUUCACAGUAUGAAUACGCCCGGAAGUGAUGCAAUCUCUUGAAUUACCUGAGCAUAUAUGUAUACAAUCAUAGAGUACAUUAUCUGUGUAUCGACAGCACAAUCACGUGUAGAAGUCGACCGAAAUAUAACUUUAUAUUUUUUGACAUUUGUGCCAUAUCAAUCAAAUAGUGGAGCUGAAGAGGCAAAAAUAUGGACCGGAAAUUGUUUGGCUAUCUUGAAAUAACUGUUUGAAAUCAUGCUUUCGAUAUUGGAUGUAUAUACAUUAUGUGUGUGUGAUUGUACAUGUAUGAUAUCUGAAUAAGUAUUGGUAUUAUGUGUGGGAGAAAGUUUGAUGAGGAAAAUUAUAAAGAUAUGAAAGUACAAUGUAUAUAAUAUACUGUGCAAACUACCAUAAUUACGAUUGACUGAUAAGCAUUGACAAUUAGCACCGUUCAAUCUAGGUGAUGUUUCAUUACAAAGUCUGUGAUAUGUGUUUAGGGUUGUGAAAGUGUACUAUUCCAGUGGUAAACGAAGUAUGGUUGAGUAACCGAAAUGUCAUUUAUGUGUUGUACAAUGUAUGCGUAUUUUACAUUGCAACGAGUUUCUUCAUGAUAUUGCCGUUUAUUAUUGAUAUCUGAUAUGAAAAUGGUUUAUUUCCUGGAGCAUGGUGUAAUGAAAAGCGUUACCAAGGGAAGGGACCAACACUUUGAGCAUAUAGGGCAAUUUUAGAAUUAAACCAGUUGUAACGCAAGACGUUGAUGAUAACCGAGACGAUUGGACACAAUGUUUGUGAUAGCUAAUAAGGGCAUAUUAUGGAAUUAUCUAUAUGACACUACGAAAGACACAAAUGAUUAAGCAAAACCUCUUGUUGAGAGGAAUUAAUUGAAGUCGUUCUCUACUUCAUAGACAAUAUUUGUGUAUUGAUUGAUGACAAAUAUUGUUGUCAUUGUUACUUGUACAUUAUUAAAUAGAUAUUGUAUUUGAAUUAUUUGGUUUCUGUUGAAGAUUUAAUUUCAGCAGAUUUGUUUAUUGACGAGCGAAUUGUCAACGUUCCUAUUUGUUAUAUGUUCAAUUUUAAUUCCAAUUAAAUGGCUUUUAAUGUAACCUA